AUGAAUGAUGCUAGUCGAUGCACCUCAAAUCGUAGAACAAAUGACAGUCAGUGUAAGUUGAUGAUGGCUGACUCUCAGCCACCGCGUAAGUCAUCGUUGAGUAUACAUGACGCCAGGAUUGCUGGUCUGUACGAUCUUGAAGAGACGAUUGGUAGAGGUCAUUUUGCAGUCGUUAAGCUUGCCAGUCAUGUUUUCACGGGUGAAAAGGUGGCCGUGAAAGUAAUCGAUAAAACCAAAUUUGAUGCUAAAAUGGCAUCUCACUUCAUGCAGGAGGUUCGGUGUAUGAAACUGGUUCAACAUCCAAAUAUUGUCCGUCUCUACGAAGUAAUCGAUACAAAUACAAAGUUAUUUCUUAUUCUCGAAUUGGGCGAUUAUGAUAUGUAUGAUUUCAUUAUGAAGAAUGCUGACAAGGUUACAAAUAAUCAUCACUAUAUGGAAAAGUGCUCGAACAAAAAUUUCGCUGACACGAUUCACUUACAGGGUUGUCCAGAAAAUGAGGCACAGCAAUAUUUUUGCCAAAUUAUCAAGGCGAUUGACUACUGUCAUAAAUUACAUGUGCCAGAAAAUGUUGUUUUUUUCGAAAAGCUCGGAAUGGUGAAGUUGACCGAUUUUGGCUUCAGUAACAAAUUCACUCCUGGAGAGCAGUUGGCAACAUCGUGUGGUAGUUUAGCGUACUCGGCUCCGGAAAUUCUCCUUGGAGAUGCUUAUGACGCUCCGGCUGUGGAUGUUUGGUCAUUGGGUGUUAUUCUGUACAUGCUGCUCUGUGGUCGGUUGCCCUUCCAGGAAGCAAACGAUUCAGAAACAUUGACAAAAAUUCUCGAUUGUAAAUAUUCUUUGCCUGAAACACUCUCCGCUCGUGCACGAAAUUUGAUCUCUCGGAUGCUCGUUAAGGAUGCAUCAAAGCGUGCCACAUUACAAGAAUUAGUGGAAAAUCAUUGGGUUGCUGCAGGUGAAAGGGGCUUAGCGCAGGUCUUACCACUGGUGGGUCGAGAUAUUCUGCCUGAGAGUGCACAUGCCACGAUUGUCGAACAAAUGGUCGCUGGUGGAGUGGAUACUGAGGAACACAUUCUCAGGUCAUUAGAGAACGACGAUUAUUCGUACACAACAGCAACAUAUUAUUUAUUGGCCGAACGAGUUUUAUCGUCGUAUCGAGAAGAGCGUGCUAGAGAAGUUCUGUCAUGCAAAAGCAAUGCUUUCAACGAUCUCACUGCAGAAGCAGAUUCUGUGAAUUCCACUGAUGAUGUUCUUGCCACUUUUGAAACCAAUGAACAAGCGUCAAAUAUCGCUGGAGCAAAUACAACAACAGUGCCGUCGACAGCCGCAAUAUCGACACGGUGCAGAAGUCGUUCGAAUUCCUGGAGAGGCUCCACAUCAACUGCUCGACGGUUGUGCACUAUUCUGAAAGAAGAAAGUGAAGAAGAAUUGUCCACUUAUCUUCGUACUUCAUCGCGGCAAUCAUCCAGGUUUAUCGCUACAAAUGGUUUUUUCACUCUCCUAGUCAUGCUCGAUUGUCGAAAUCAGUUGAACGCUUUCUGCAGGAAUUCAUCACCAUCAGUGUCGAUGUUUGCCGGUGUGGCUGGUUCUAGGGAACGGAUAUCUCCACAAGCCAUACAAGAUUUACUCGAACUUUCGCGACUAAGCGUCACAGACGGACGGCGUCGUGCGGUUUCUCCUGACAGUCGACGCAGUAGUCGAAGCCCAAGCCCACCGAGCUCUAGUGGCCGUUCCAGUCCGGCUAUCAGUAUUACUCGUAUGAAGGGGUCAUUGUCUGGCACAGGCGGAAUGCGUAAACUGAGUUCUUCGCCACAUCUGCUUGGUAUAUGUGAGGAGUCUGAAGAAUCUGAGCAACCGUCAGGAAGCCUUGAACUAAGAGAUACGACUGCUAGGCGAAGUGUUUCAAGUGCUUCUGGCUCGUAUAUGUCACAGGCACGUUUCUCCUCCCAACCAAAGUCAGAUGCAUCAACGACAGCAUCUGGAACGAUGCUCACUUACAGCAAGGUACGAAUGAUUCGUCCACGGCAAGCAGUUGUAUCGCCUGAUAUGGCAAGACGUUAUGAAUCGCAUUCGACCCAUCGCUUUGGAAGCACGAGAACACGGCGAAGUACAAGCUGUUCUUCAAGUGAGGCAUCUGAUGAUGACAGUAGUGAAAGACGUAUGAAUUUGCUCGUCUCGAAAUGUUGUCGUUGUUCCACCGAUAAUCCAAAUGAUGAUGAGGAUCCAUCGAAAGAUGGAGGAGGGAACAGUUUCGCGGGUGCUGGUGGCGAUAAUGUGCCUGAUAGCUCCGUAUCGAGUCGUAUUUCUACGGAAGGCAACGCAGCAGUGCAUCCUACUUCAGGUGAUGGAAAUGGUGCAAACAAGUGCAGACGAUGUUUGUCAUUCCAUGAUUAUUCCGUUGAGACAGCAGAAAGCGCAAGACGUCUCGUCUCAACUACACCACUUCAUCCCAUAAUGGAAAUACCACCCACAAUAUUAUCGGGAAAAGUUUUUACGAGGUCAAAAAUUGCUGAAAGAGCUGUGGCAGAUUGGGCAUUUAGUUCACUAACGAGCGAUGAUGUGCUGUUGUCAAAGGCUGAAUGGAUGCAGCAGCAGCGUUGUUGUGUUGUUGGUACACCACCAAGAUAUGGUGGUGGCAGUAAGGCAGUAAUGAGUGCACGCAGUCAUCAUCUGAAUUGUGAUGAACGUUCACUUCGCAAAUCUUUGUCAUUACCAGUCAUCUUCACCUCUUCACAUUAUCAUGUUGGCGAGCAUUUGCAUUGCUCACCAUCUUAUUAUGACGACCCUUCCGAUGAAGAUAUAUUUUCGGAUGAAGAGCUGGAUUCCUCAUUGUGUUGGACAAGCACGGACUCGGGUUGCUCGUCUGAUAGCGAAAUAGGCACACCGGCUUGGCAGCACUUUCCAAAAUCAAACGCUAAACAACAUGCGGCGUACAACGAUGACUAUUUUGUUUCAGUGCCAUUCAACCCGAAAGUUAUCUUCUCUUGA